CCGGCUGCUCCCCGCCAGCCCGUGCCCGCCUGAGCCGCGCUCCGCCGAGGAGCAGUGGGGAGCAGGAUGCUGCUGGACGCUGUGGUGCUGCUGGUGAUGGUGCUUGGCCUUCGCUCGGCGGCGGGAGGCGGCGCGGCAGGUUACGCCCAAGUGAAGUACAUGCAGCCCAUGGUGAAGGGACCCUUGGGACCUCCCUUCCGUGAAGGCAAAGGCCAGUACCUGGACAUGCCACCGCUGCUGCCGAUGGACCUCAAAGGGGAGCCAGGACCCCCAGGGAAGCCUGGCCCACGUGGACCUCCCGGGCCCCCUGGCUAUCCAGGAAAGCCGGGCACAGGGAAGCCAGGGAUGCACGGCCAGCCUGGCCCUGCUGGGCCGCCUGGCUUCUCGGGCAUUGGGAAGCCUGGCAUCCCCGGGCUCCCUGGAAAGGCGGGUAUGAAAGGGAUGCCUGGAGCCAAGGGCGAGCCUGGCAUGCGAGGAGAGCAAGGGCCAAGAGGACUGCCCGGCCCCCCAGGGCUGCCAGGACCAGCUGGCAUCUCAGUCAAUGGGAAGCCAGGACCCCAGGGUGGCCCUGGCUUGCCUGGGUUUCGAGGAGAGCCUGGCCCGAAGGGAGAGCCAGGGCCUCGUGGGGAGCGAGGGAUGAAGGGAGAGAACGGCGUGGGGAAGCCAGGGUUACCGGGGCCUCGGGGCAACGGGGGCCCUCCUGGCCCUGCAGGGCCGCCAGGGCCCAUUGGCGUUGGCAAACCUGGCCUCAACGGCUUGCCAGGGGCACCAGGGGAGAAGGGUGACAUUGGGCCUCCGGGCGGGCCUGGCAUCAGCGGGGAGCCUGGCCCCAUGGGGCCACGGGGCCCCCCGGGCAUUGAUGGCAUUGGUGUGCCAGGCGCCGCAGGGGUGCCAGGGAUACAGGGCCCCAUGGGACCAAAGGGAGAGCCUGGCAUCCGUGGCCUCCCUGGUUUGCCAGGCCAAACAGGCUACGGGAAGCCAGGUCUGCCUGGCCUCAAAGGGGACCGUGGGCAGCCCGGGGCACAAGGAGCCAUCGGCGAUAAGGGGGAACCUGGUCUUGAUGGGGAGCCAGGCGAGCCAGGCCCUGCUGGCAUCAUCGGGCCACCAGGCCCACCAGGGUCCAUGGGACUGCCAGGCAAGCAUGGGCUGCCUGGAAGCAAAGGGGAUGUGGGGCCGAGUGGGCCUCCAGGAAUGCCAGGGAUACGUGGGGACCAGGGACCAAGCGGCUUCGCGGGAAAGCCAGGGGUGCCAGGAGAAAGGGGCCUGCCUGGGUCGCUGGGACCUCCGGGCCCAGCAGGCCCCAAAGGAGAACCAGGGUUCAUUGGCCUCCCAGGGGUGCCAGGAUUAACAGGUGGCCCUGGGCCCAAAGGGGAUGGCGGCAUCCCGGGGCAGCCAGGACUGAGGGGCCCCUCUGGCAUCCCAGGCUUGCAAGGACCUGCAGGUCCCAUGGGGCCUCAGGGCAUACCGGGACUGAAAGGGGAGCCCGGGCUCCCUGGAGUUCCUGGGGAGGGGAAAACCGGUGAGCCUGGCAUGGCUGGACCCAUUGGCCCACCGGGAAUGCCAGGAACACCGGGGCUGAAUGGGCCACCGGGCCCACCAGGGCCACCCGGGCCGCCAGGAGCACCCGGGGUGUUGGACGAGACGGGCAUCGCAGGGCUGCACCUGCCAGACGGCGGCGUGGAAGGAGCCGUGCUGGGCAACGGCAAACCGGGCAAGCCGCAGUACGGCCGAGGGGAGCUCUCCGCCCGCAUCGCGCCAGCCUUCACCGCCAUCCUCACCUCCCCCUUCCCGGCAUCGGGCAUGCCGGUCAAGUUCGACCGGACUUUGUACAACGGGCACAACGGCUACAGCCCGGCCACCGGCAUCUUCACCUGCCCCGUCUCCGGCAUCUACUACUUCGCCUACCACGUGCACGUCAAAGGGACCAACGUCUGGGUGGCGCUCUACAAGAACAACGUGCCCGCCACCUACACCUACGACGAGUACAAAAAGGGUUACCUGGACCAAGCCUCGGGCAGUGCCGUGCUUGAACUCAAGGAGAACGACCAAGUCUGGGUACAGAUGCCCUCGGACCAGGCCAAUGGGUUGUACUCCACGGAAUACAUCCACUCCUCCUUCUCUGGGUUCCUGCUUUGCCCCACAUAACGGCUGUUGGGCUCGGUUCCUUCUCACCCGUUUUAGCCAUAAACUCUCUUGGUUGUUUUUUUUUUUGUUUUGUUGGGUUUUUUUGGUUGUUUUUUUUUUUGUUUUUUUUUUUGAUAAAAAAGUGUUUUUAAAAUGAAUACAAAAAAAAAUCACUGGGAAGAAGGAGCAAGCUGUUGUCGUGGGACCUUGCUUUGGGCUGUUUGAUCCAGGAGUUGAGGGCAAUCAAGAAAGGAGAUCUCUUUUCUUUCUUUCUCGUUUGGGGGAGGGAGGAGAGCGACUCCCUCAGCCCAGCCUGUUUGGGAUCCGUGUUGCCCUAGUGACUGGACGUCAGACACAGGAACGAGCUUGGGAUGGCAAAGAUCUGGCUCUGCAGUGAACUGCUCUGAGAUCCAGAAAUGGUCACAUCUGGAAGAGCAGACCCCUCCUGGGCUGUAACCAAGGGCCCUGGUUUCCCUUGUUGAGCACUUGCCACACCUCCAGCAGCUGCUCUCAUGGGUGGUGGAUUUGCUAACCAGCACAGGGCUCCGAGGCACUUCACAUGAACCUGUCUGGCAGCGGAGAUCCGUGAGGGAUUGAGACAUCUCCUUCCUAAAGCCAUCGGACACCCGAGUUGCAGUCUCACUGAUGGCUGUUUCUCCAGACUGAUUUGAAGCAGUCUCCCCAGUUCACUCUGGAUUCACUCUGGUUGGAUUUAAACCCAUCAAACCUGGAACACUUUGCAUAAGCACCUUCUUGUAAGAAGUAAAUAUUCUUUUUAACCCUCGCCCCCCCCCAGCACCUUUUGGGAACAAACCCACCCAGGCGCUGGUGUCUGGGAGGAUGACAGAUGACCUAGUCCAAAGCUGCUGAGGACAGCUGGGACCCCUGAUGAACAUGGAUCCUCUCUUGGCUUCAUUCACCUCCUGGCAAGUCCAAGGGCUAGUUCUGUCCUAAUUCUCUGCAGCCCAGAGACUUGCUUGGCCUCCUGAGCAUCCUGCUCUGUGACAACCCAAGGAGGGCACCUCAAGCCUGGCUCAUGGUGCUCCUAGCCUGCUUUGACAGAAGGCUUGGUUAGGCUUCCUUGGAAGUGCCACUUACGGACAGCUUGCUUCUACUGUCUCACUCUUUUGGGAUGUGUAAACCUCUGCAUUAGUGUUUCCCCUUCCUCUGGGGACCUUCUGAUUAAGACAAAAUAGAGCUCCUCCUAACUGCCCAUUCCAUCAUUUCCCAAGGGUGCUAUUAGCUACUUAAGGAUGUCACUGAUGAGUUUAGUGCAAUAUGUCCCCAUCAAAGUGCACCAUCCCCGGUGUCAGUCUGUGACCUGGCUAAACACAACCACCACCUUUGUCUGUGGUUACCACUCUGUCUCACUAAUGCUUCAGCUGUCACCAACCUGAGCGUGAGCUGCAAAGUUCUGGGAGAGGUACAGACAGACACUGACCAGAGCAGCUGCUCUGUCCUCUGCCAAAGGGAGCAACUGAAGCCUCCUGCUUUGCAGAUAUUCUCAUGGUAGAACAGCCAUCACCACUUGCACUCACAGAACAGCCAUUCUGCUCAUCCCAGGCCAGUAGCAGGCUGCUGAAGCCAAUCCACACGCUGCAUGUCCCUCCACAAAGGCACAUCCCUGAGUAAACAGCAAUAAUUUGGCCACCAGCUGAGCAGUUCCCCUGAAAUUGUCCUAAAGCCUGUUUUAUGGCCAAAGAAAUGUAGCAAGAAUGGACUUGGGAUUGUUCUCCAGUUGGACUGUACAAGAUAUUUAAAAGACUUUUCUUUUUCUGUUCCUAUUUGGUUGUUUGUUUUUUUCUCCUUAAGCCUGUCCUGUGUUUCUGCCUCUUGCCAUCCCAGGCUUCCUUUGAGAAACUCACCUAUCCCUGGAGUUAAACACAAAAAGGCAGAGCUGGAAGGUCAGGGCUUCAGCUGCUGCCCCACCAGGGCUGGGCUGGGCUUAGCUUGCCCCCAUCUCUGGGAUGUUCACCACACAAAGGUGCAGGUUUCAUGUCCUGGUGAAACCUUCUCCAGCUGAAAGGCUGCCCCAGAGUCUGAUCCCACUGGAUGCUUUGAACUCCUGAAGGCAGAGGAAUGUUGGGGCCAAUCAGGUUUAGAUCAGGUUGUUUCCCAGCAGGAGCCAUACAAAGAGUCGCUAAAAGUGGAAGCUGAGAUCAUAGAAUCAGAGAAUUGUUUGGGUUGGCAAAGCCCUCUAAGACCAUCCAGUCCAACCACCAAUCCAGCACCACCAUGGCCAUUAAACCAUGGCCCUAAGUGCCAUGUCCACAUGUUUCUUGAACAAGCCCAGGCUUGGGAGGAAGGUGCUAGGCUGGGGUCCUGUGUCUCAUUUUUGAAGUGCCUUUCCCGUGGAGAACAGCAACAAGCUCAAGACGGUGCCACACAAGGCCCCGGCGUGCGGCAGGUCUGGCUCCCACCGCAGGCACCGCUGGAGCGCUGGCAGCACGUUCACACUGCCUGCAGCAGGGCCAGGAGCUCCUGAGCCACAUGUCAGGCUGGAAGCUUCAUCCUGCCACUCAGCAAAGCAACUUAUUUAUACUGUGUGUCCUAACCUCCAUUUCUUUCUUUUUUGGUCCUCUUUUCAUUUCCAUUCCAAAACUUCUUGUUCUAGCUGGCAGAAAGCGAUGACAAAAGCGCUCUCACCGCAGCGAGUGGACAACAACUCCUUGGGUGCUGUAGAUACCAGUUUGCAAUUUCACCUUCCCCCCUACCCACCCCCCCACAUCGUGUGCAGAGCAGGACCCAUAACCAACCUUCUGCAGCUAUAUUAACCCUAUGGCAUUUACCACAGCAGCCAAAAGGCAAAAAGAUUAUUUUAGACGCACAUAGAGUUAGGCUAAGAGCAACAAAAUAAACCAGAACGAUGCACAGGAUGAAGGGAAGCUGCUCCCUGAAACCAGACACUGUCGAGGAUGAGGGUUGGGUUUUUUCUUUGUGUUUGUUUUUGUUUGGUUUGUUGUCAUUGUUGUUGUUGUUUUUUUUUUCACGGGAGUACUGAGUAGGUGACAUUUGCCAGCAGGAAAGGGUCAUUGUCUGUCGUGUGUGUGAGCGCGUGGGAUUCAGGAUUCGAGCCUAAUGAUGCUAAUAAUAAGUAAUUAAAAAUGAAAGAAACUGAAUAAUUAAAGAAAAAAAAGUUAAAAAAAAAAUAAAAGGAAGGUUGGGUUUGGAUGAAAGUCUUAUUUUUAAUGAUUGAAAACUGCAUUACAGUGUGCAUUUUUAUAUACAAAUUCUUACUAUUUUUGUUAAAUUUGCCUCUAGUAUCUUCACUUCUAACCUAGUAUAUAGAGGUUGUUUAGUUUUGUAAAUACUUAUUACAUGCACUGCCUUUCAUAGUAAAAGUUGGUUUAAAAUGCACUCUUUUUGGGUUGGUUUGGUUUUUUUUUUUUGGUGAUCAGAACCUGGCCUUCUCUUCAGAACUAAAAACUGCAGUACUUGAUUGUAUUGACAAAACAUCAAUAAAACCCAUUGUAUAACA